CUAAGAACAGAAAACCUCAUGGCUCUUCCGUGGGAGUUGGAGGAAGACAUACUCUCUCGUCUGCCACCUAUAUCUCUUGUUCGAUUCAGAACCGUGUCUAAACACUGGAACUCUCUUUUCAACGACAAGACUUUCAUCAACAAUCACUUGUCUCGCUCCCGUCCCGAAUUCAUUAUCUUGACCAAUUCCAAGAUUUAUUCGGUAGACAUCAUCGAUCACAACAACAUCGAUCCAACGAUAAGGUUGCAUGAGAUACCCACCUAUGAUAUUCAUAGCCGGGGUACAGAUUUGAAUCGCACAAUUAUAAAUACUUGCGAUGAGUUCUUGUUUUAUAACUAUCGGUAUUGGGACAACAUGACAGCUCUCUGGAAUCCAUGGUUGAGACAGGUUAGAUGGAUCGAGUACGCGAAUCAAGAGUUCUGUGUUUUCGGCUUAGGGUACGAUAAUAGUAGACCCGAAAAGGUUUACAAGAUCUUGGGCCAUUUGUUUUGUCACGGUAAAGUCUUGAGAGAUCAGAAAGUUGUGAUCUACGAGUGUGCGUCUGACUCGUUGAGGUUUAUUGAUAGACCUGAGGAUGACGACUGGCCCAUAACUGAAACAGCUAAACGAUCAAAUGUGUCAUUAAAUGGAAAUCUCUAUUGGUUUGGUUGUAGUAAUUAUGAGAAUGAUGAGUACUACAUCCGAAUCUUUGAUUUCUCGACGGAGGAUUUCAAACCUUUUUGUCUCCUUCCGUGUCAAAUGAGCCAUAGUACUGAUGAACUUGUCCUCGCGGUUUAUAAGGGAGAUCGGUUUUCGUUGUUAAAGCAAUGCAGUGUAACAAGGGAGAUUGGGGUAUGGGUAACGAAAGAGAGGAUUAGUAAUGACAAUGGGAACGGUGGAGAGGGCGUGGAGUGGUUAAAGUUGAUGACCUUGUCAAAACCUAACUUGCCAAAGUUAUUUGGUACGGUUAGUUACUUCAUCUAUGGGAAGACCUUAUACAUGUGUAAUGGCGACGAUGAAACUGCAUUGGCUUGCAUCUAUAUUGUGAGGGAAGAUGUGUGCAAGAAGUUUCAAAUAGGUUCUGGAAAUAUUAACUGUCGUCACUGUGUUUAUACACCCAAUUUGCUCUCGCUUCCUUUAUUUAUAGGUUAGAUUUCGGUCCCUCUGAUGUUACUCUCUUUUCGUCUCCUUAAGCAUUUUCUUCUUCAUUUACUCGCCUAUGGACUAUAAUGUAAUAUCG